UGUGCCUCCCUGCCGUCCACUUUUUCCAAUCUGCAAACGAAGCCAGUGGUAUCUACGCAGACCUAAGCGCACGGUCAGCGUCUUCCCGAUAGCGCGCAACCUAGGCUAGCUUAUACUCGCACGUAGAGGCUCAAUCACUUUCCACUAGCAAGUACGCCUUCCGUGGAACGAAAGCAAGCGAAUCUGGGAGCAGUUUGUCGUUGACCUAAUGUAUUACUACGCCGCAACGUUUUACGCGCUCUUGAGCGUGGCAUCCUGUGGUUUAAGGCCACGACUGAGCAACGAAAUAAUAAGCGGUGGCCAUAACUACAGCGGGAACUACUGGCAGGCUGGUGGAGUCGUGACUGUACCUCUCAAGGCCACUAAUACUCAAUACUACGGUGUCAUCAGCAUCGGAACACCACCGCAAACUUUCAGAGUUGUCUUUGACACAAAUUCUAAUGUUACAUGGCUGCCUUCAGUUGGCUGCAGCAAGGCACAAUGCGGUGAUCGCAAGCUGUAUGACAACCGCAAGUCCUCUUCGUACUCUCACUACGGAAUAUGGGUUGAAGUACCGUCUUUCGCUGGUGAUGGCAUCAAAGGAACUGCGGCUCGUGAGACCAUCGUCAUAGGUGGCAUCAAGCUCACGGACCAGCUGUUUAUUGAAGCAACCGUCAUCGAUCCUAAGAUAUACAACAAUCUACCGUUCGAUGGUGUCGUAGGCCUCGGAACAGAGCCGCAACUUCCUGAGCACUGGUCCGUCUUUGAUACGAUGAACCAGCGAUACCUGCUGGACAUGCCUUUAUUCGAUUUAUACUUUCAUAAAACACGUGACGGCGCAGAUGGUGAGAUUAUGUUUGGAAAUUAUGACACGGCCCAUUAUCAAGGAAGUCUAUUCAUGCUGCGUCUUCCUGGACAAGACUGGUCCGUUCCUAUGUAUUACAUAACAAUCGGAGGGGAGUCCAUAUGGGAGUACUUCACUGCCAAACCUGCUUCCGCACUGCCAUUCAUCUAUGGGCCAGAGAGGUACAUCAAUGAUAUCCACCAGGCUCUUGGAGCUACACGAAGUGCUCGAGGAGAGUAUAUGGUAGACUGCGAAAGUGUUCCAAAGUUGCCUAUUAUCGGAUUUGAUUUCGGUGCUUGGAUGCAACUGUCUCCCGAGGACUACGUCGUUAAGGUUGGCACAGUGUGCUACAGCGGUUUCGCUGUAGCACCAACAGGAGACUGGCUCUUGGGGCAGAACUUCUUUCGCCGAGUCUUUAUGUCCUUCUGGCAAGGCGGAUUCAUGAACGAGAAGCAACUCGGCAUUGGAUACGUCCGGCAACCAAGCAACUAAGCGUCACUGCGCCUGUCGCCGUCAAAUAAUAGCUUUAUUUCAGAACUGCGCAAGUAGCCUGUUGUAUCUAAGGAGAGGGCAGGCUAGAAAUUUGGCGCCGUCACAUAAAAACAUUUUUUUGCUGUGGUCAUUGUGAGAACAUUUGACAGAAAAGAAAUUCCAGUAGUUCGCAUGACCUGUUGUUAACCCUUUCUUAUAGAACCGUCAAUUAAAACAUACUAGCGGCAGACCGUACAAUAAAUGGUCAUCGGAACCAAUGAAACGUUCCACGCAUAUUUAAUGACCAUGCUUUAU